AUGCCCUUCAAACCCAUCAAGAGAGGAUACAAAGUUUGGGUAAGAGCUGAUAGCAAAACUGGUUAUGUUUACGAAUUUAACAUUUACACUGGUAAACGUGAAGACCAAGCUCCUGAAGUCGGUCUAGGAGUCAAAGUAGUGAAAUCUCUCACACAAAAACUCAUUGAUCAAGGCUUCCGAGGACAUGUAGCUUUUGACAAUUUCUUUGCAUCUUAUGAGCUCUUGCAAUAUUUGUUUGAAAACGGAAUAUAUGCCACCGCAACCGUCAAUUCUGGGAGAUCUGAUUUGCCACUAAUACUAAAAAACGCUAAGAAAAAGAAUGUAUCAAGACAAGAAAAAAUACAUUUAGAGAGAGGUGAAUAUAAAUGGCGUACUAAAAAUAAUGUUUCCUUUAUCAUGUGGCAGGAUACAAAAAUAGUUACAGUUUUGACCACCGCAUUUCACCCCAAAAUUUGCCAAACUAUAUAUGAAAGAAAGCAGAAAGACGGUACAAAAAAAACGUAUCCUUGUCCAACAGCGGUACUUGAAUAUACAAAACGUAUGGGCGGUGUGGAUCGUUUCGAUCAGAAGCGGAGUACCUAUGAAGUCGGCAGAAGAAGCAAGAAAUGGUGGCUUCGCAUUUUUUAUUUUUGCAUAGACCUAGCAAUAACAAACUCGUACCUUCUCUACAGUUCAAACAGCCGCGUCCACAGUAUUAUGCCACAAUUAGCGUUUAGAUUAUCUUUGGCACGUGGUUUUAUAAAUAAUUUUUCAUCAAGGAGAAAGAGCUUGGAUACCCAACCAAUGUAUCAUAAUAAGAAGCCCAAGAUGUCAGAUAAUUACCAAAAAACCGGCUCUGUAAUCGAUGACCUUCGUUUUGCCAGUGUUGGAACACAUAAACAUGAACGUUUGCCAACUUAUCGGCGAUGUCGUGUAUGUAGCACAAAGACAAACAAUAAAAGGUCAAAAAUUCAAUGUUCCAGAUGCAAGGUUCCACUCUGUGUGGUACCUUGUUUUGAUAUUUACCAUGAACAGAAAUAA